UUCAAUAUCCGCAAAACCAAAAGCAACAUCAGACCCAGCAAUUUUAUCUUUUUUUACAAUGCUGAUCUACGCAAAAAUAAUAAAGGAAAUACCUAGACCUUUUUUUUUUCACAGAGAUCACAUUUUUUAAUUCUCAGUGUGUUCGUCGUGCGAUACUUCAGAGGGCCUGUGUAUUAGCUCCCUUUUGCAUUUGGGCCCCUCAACCGGGAAUAACUUCGGGGAUUAUCUUCCCAGAUAUCGGCAUGUAUUAGUCGAUGAAGCACUUCGGGAAUUUAUUUGAAUCAACAGGCAAAAUGAGUAGCUGUAAAGCCCUGAUGAUCAAUGGACAAGCCACUUCUCCCAAGUUUGUGUUUGGAUUGAUGAGCUCAAGAGGCCUUUCUAUCAAGACAAGUUUCAGAAGCACAAGAACAAGGGCAUGUAAGAGUGAUGCGAGUGCGGAUUCUGGUUUGUCGCAGAAAAACAAAAAACGAGAAGAAAGAGAAACAGGAAGUAUGCUUCGUCUGCCAAUAAAUUUGUGGAGGCAGACAGUGGAGCCACUGAGCAAUUUUGGAUUUGGGAAGAAGAGCAUAGUUGAGGCGGGAGUUGGGCUUUUCAUGAUGGCGGGGGCAGUGCUGCUGGCAUUCACUGUUGUGUGGUUGAAGGGCUUUCAGCUGCGCUCGCGCUCCAAGAAAUAUCAGGCAGUUGUCGAAUUCUCCCAAGCGUGCGGCAUCACAGUUGGGACACCCGUCAGGAUCCGCGGUUUUACUGUUGGCAGUGUUGUCAGAGUCAAGCCCAGCCUUGAGAAAAUUGAUGCCACAAUCCAGGUUGUGGAUGAUAGAAUUGUUAUUCCUCGAAAUUCAUUUGUGGAGGUGAAUCAGUCUGGUCUUCUUAUGGAAACUUUAAUUGACAUCACGCCACGCCCGCCUAUUCCUAAUGCUACAGCAGGCCCUCUUGAUCCUGAUUGCAGCAAAGAAGGAUUGAUUGUUUGUGACAGACAGAGGAUUAAAGGCGAACAGGGUGUCAGCUUGGAUGAGCUGGUUGGAAUUUUUACCAGGCUUGGUCGGCAAAUGGAUGACAUAAGUAUUACUAAAACAUAUGAUUUGGCAGAAAGGGUUGGUUCAGUCAUAGAAGAAGCAAAGCCUCUUCUUGCAAAGAUUGAAGAAAUGGCUGGAGACAUUCAACCAUUGCUGAAAGACAUUCGUGAGGGUGGAUUACUCAAGGAGGUUGAGCGCUUGACACAGAGUCUUGCAGAUACUAGUGAAGAUUUGAGAAAACUGAAUUCCUCUAUUUUGACUCCAGAGAACACAGAGAUGCUUCGGCAUUUAGUCUCCACUCUACUAACGACCCUGAAGAAUAUUGAGAGUAUCAGUGGAGAUAUAUCUGGUCUCACAGGGGAUGCAGCUACCAGAUAUAACUUGAAGCAACUAAUUGAUUCUCUCAGCAAAUUAAUUAUUGAUUAGAGUCAACAUAUUAUUUCUUUGGAGGCUUUGGCUGCCUUUUUUUCCCUGAUUGGGUUGCAUUUCUUGUGGAUAAGUGUGGAAUUCCUGAUUAAAAGCAAGAAAACAUUGAGAUUCAUCGACAUUAUAUUCAUGGAAAAUAAUUAGCAUGAACAUAUUGGAAUGCAUUCAAUGCAAUCUUGUGUCUAUCAAGGAGAGCUGAAACAUCCAGGAUGGCAAUAAUGUUUUUCUGUUAAGUUGCUGUAUGGGUUUCAGGGUAUUUUGUUAGCAGGAUAAUGGGUUUGCAAGAUUAAAAGCAAAUCACAGUAAAUUAAAAUGAAAGUGUAGAAUAUGGAAAUUGUUUAAAUGUAAGCCAUUUUACAUGAAAUCACAUUACUGAACUAAUUUCACAUGCCUUUUAUUUUUAAUAAGGAUAUUAUGGUACAAGCCUUUUUCCAGAA